UCCUGAGCUCACCUGCAGGAGGAGCUGUAGCCCGCAGCCUGAUUGGAGCAGCAGCACCAAGGAGCAAUACACCUCUAUUUUUCUUUCUCCUUCAGCGGCUUGAAUAAUAACAGGAGAGAGAGUGGCUAUCGGGGAUGUGGGGAGAGAGAGAUAGAGCGAGAGACAGAUAACAGCCACAGUGAUACAUGAGAGCGUGGCACAACUUGUCUCUCUUGACUGCACCGUGGGCUGGGGGGAAAGCAGAGAGCAAGUGCACCAGAGUUUGAGGCAAAGCUGCUGCCUGCACGCACACAAACACACUUGCACACUCUCACACAAAGCAGACCCCUGAGCUUGGUCGCAGCACAAGUUCAGAGCCAAGACUGACCUUUUUUGGAAGGUGCAGAAGUUUCCUCCGAGGACCUCCUCCCUUGUUAUGGAUCUGCAAGAACUGAGCCACCUUGUCCUGUAGAGGAGCUGUGUUUCACCUCAAGAAGUACUCAAAGCCUCAAAGGAGGAUGGAGAAGCUGUCAGCAAAGGACAAGGAGCUGAUACUAAGCAGCUGGGAGAGCCUGGGCAAGAACAAAGUUCCACAUGGCAUCAUCAUGUUUUCCAGGCUGUUCGAGCUGGACCCAGCACUCCUCACUCUAUUCCACUACAACACAAAUUGUGGCACGACACAAGACUGCCUCUCCAGCCCAGAGUUCCUAGAGCAUGUCACCAAGGUGAUGCUUGUGAUAGAUGCAGCCGUUAGUCACCUGGACGAUCUUCACUCACUGGAGGACUUUCUUCUCAACCUGGGGAGGAAGCAUCAGGCCGUGGGGGUCAACCCGCAGUCGUUCGCUGUGGUGGGGGAGUCUCUCCUCUACAUGCUGCAGUGCAAUUUGGGCCAAGCCUACACAGCGCCCCUGCGUCAAGCGUGGCUCAACAUGUACGGGAUCGUGGUGGCCGCUAUGAGCCGGGGGUGGGCCAAAAACGGGCCGUGGCUUGAACUCUGGGAGCUGGCCAUGGCGCCAUAGCUGUGGUGGGCCGGAGAGGGCAUGGGGGUCAGCGCGAGCUCUGGCUCCAGCAGGACAGAUGCCACAAACAUCUGAAAGAAGAUCAACAUAUAUACAGUAGCUGUGUCUCACAGUCAAUCGGGUCAUUGGGUUGACACAGAUUUGAGUAGUUUCACAUAACAGAGGCUUUAUUUAAGACUCUAAAGACUUACACUGUUUGAAUUUCAAUACUGCUUUUGAUAAAGCAGUCAGUAAUAUGAAUACUGUACAUAACAAUGAUAGGCCCAUUAUGACAUGUAAAAAGGAUCACUCUGGGAGUUUCACAUGCUGCAUUACGUAAUAUUAGUAUUAUGAAUAAGUUCAAAAUCUUAAGGGUCAUACACCUGCCGCCUCUCAUUCUGCUGUGCGCUCUGCUGAGCGCACCACGGGUAUUGCCCCUCGGCUGCGGUCGCGCCUCCGCGCGGCUGCAAUAAUUCUGCAAUCAACACACCUGCCCAUGAUGAGCGACCUGCCUUCAUAAGCCAGCGUGUCUUGAGAUCCAGUGCCAGAACGUAGCUUCUCGUAUCCGUACAGUAAGCCAAUACGUCUCCAGCCUUCUCGCAUGUGCUUCUCCUCUCUCUGUGUUCCCUCCCCGUCAUAUUCAUUGUGUCUCGUGUUGUGUCGUUCUCCAGCUUCCCGUCACCCUUCCUCGUCGUCAAGCUGUGUGUCUCGUCUCCCUGGAUCCCCUCUGGACUUCCUCUUGCCUCUCUGGACUUCGACCUCAUGCCUGCUUACUGACCACGACGCCUCGCUCGAGUCCUUGAUCUUCCGCCUGCCUUUUGACUUCCGAGCCUGCUUUGCCCUCUUUGGACUUCUGCCUCGAUCUCAACACGCACCUUCAACACCCGCUGGUAACCGCUCACAUAUAAUUACCACACAUAGUCACACUUCAUAUAUUUGGAUUACGCACACAUCUAACGCACAUACCAAGCUGUUAAUAAAUACGCUGACAGCUAACGACG